GCCUCUCCGGCUUUGGAUUGGACGAGAGAGGACCGGGCGGGGCAGCGGCGCGGGCUCAGCAGCUCCGUGCACACUCCGCCCGGACGUAGCACCUAGCCCGAGCCGGCGGGCGGCGCGGAGGAGUCGCCAGGAUGUUCGACAGUUCGCAGUACCCCUACAACUGCUUCAACGACGACAACGACGACUACCCAGCCGGCAGCUCGGACGAGGAGAAGCGGCUCACGCGGCCCGCGUACAGCUACAUCGCGCUCAUCGCCAUGGCCAUCCAGCAGAGCCCAGCGGGCAGGGUGACACUGUCUGGCAUCUACGACUUCAUCAUGCGCAAGUUCCCCUACUACCGCGCGAAUCAGCGCGCCUGGCAGAACUCCAUCCGCCACAACCUGUCGCUCAACAGCUGCUUCGUCAAGGUGCCGCGGACCGAGGGCCACGACAAGGGCAAAGGCAACUACUGGACAUUCGCUGGCGGCUGUGAGUCGCUGCUCGACCUCUUCGAGAACGGGAACUUCAGGCGGCGGCGGAGGCGGCGAGGACCCCGGUGCGAAGGGGCGAAGGCAGGGAGGGCAGAGGGGCCCCCGAGGCCGUCAGAACCCGCCUCAGACCGCGCCCCCUGCCGUCAGGCUGCGGCGCCCGCGGGCCCCGCGGCUCUAGGCAAUGACAGCCGCCGGGACAUCAAGUUCAGCAUCGACUACAUCCUGUCUGCGCCAGACCCCUUUCCCGGUUUCGGGUCACCCUGUCUCUUACAGGAGGGCAGAGGUCCUUCCCUGGAGCCCCAACAAAUGAGUCUCUGCUUUUGGACAGUGUGAGUCCCCUAUGCUGUCUGGGGUCCAGGCCCUCCCCAGAAGCCGACUUAAACCCUAAACACCCUGGAACCAAGAAGCCUGGAUAUCCGUAUCUUCAGACUUAUUCCCAGUGCACACCCCAAGGUGAAGAGAACAUGAAAGACUGUCUCCUAAGAGAUAUUUACUGUGACAUGAGACUAUUCAUUCAGAAAAAGUUCCAUGCUUGCAGGGAAGCUGCUUGGUUCUAGCCUGACUUCAGGGUUUGCUUUGAAUUUGUGAGACAACUGCUCUGAGGAGAAAAGCCAAGAGAACAUUCCCUGGAGUAGAGUAGCCUUUCCUUCCAGGUCCUGUGAGAUAUGGCUGCAUAAAUAGCCUUGUCCCAAAGUUGUUGGUGUGCCCAGUAAGCAGAUAAUGAAGCUGGCUUGCUCCGUCUGUGUGCAUAAAGCUAACAGCAAGCUCAAAGACAGACAUUACUUGGUCCCUGAAGAGCAGUCACCCCCAGGUGUACAGUGGGCUUCCUGUUUGCGCGAUGUGGUCGAUGGGAAGAGAUGAACCUCUCGUGUGCGUGAGCAGAAUAUUCUGGUGACAAUUUUCAAAGGCCUUUGCAGUUUUUAAACAGGAAAGAAAGCAGGGUGGGAAUGAGGGGCCCAAAUCUGGGGGGACACUAGGGCAAAGUCUUGCCCUGGUUGUUCUGAGAUAGGGAAGGGCUUCAUUCCACCUGGUCUGGCUCCUGAACAAGCAGCCACCCUAGCAGACUGUUGACAGCCCCGCUGUACUGCAAGGUGCAGGAUCGAGAGCAGCCACAGUCAGUAUACUCCAUUUGAAAUGUAAAUGUUUUAAUUACUUCAAAGAGACCAGCAGUUAGACAGGCAGUUUUAAAAACACAAUUACACAUUGUGAAACUAUUUGACCAACCUUAUCAUUUUUCACGAGCCCAUUUUUGCAGAGGUAAUUGCUUUCCGUGACUUAAUUUGAACAUUAGUAUGGAUUACACCUAAUCUGAUCCACUAGGUGACAAAGAUUGGUUAAUUCUGUGAGCGGCAAAAACACACCCAAGGAGCCUGGCUGUCUGGAUUAGAAAUUGCAGUCUCGCUUUAUCAGACUCUUAAAAACAGGUUGAGGGUGUGUGAAGGUGGGCAGGCAGCUGAGACCGGCGGAGCCAAGCGGAGACCUACUUGGUCCUGGUGGCAUUUUUGUUCGGAAGGCCUAAAAUUUCAUUAACUCUUUAAUUGCUCAUCUACCAUGUAAAUAGAGAGCUUGUGUGUUCAUUUAAUUGUUUUCAAAAGAGGGGAGAAGGCAUUCCUGACAGAUGCUUGCUAAAGUGAGGGUGAGAUGCCCGUUCCCUGGCUUUCACACCCGUCCUGUGCCAGAGCCACCCCAGUUCUGCCGAAGAAGAGCCAACCUCCAUGCUAUUUGCUGAAAGCGGAAGUGAGGGGGUGCAGACACCUCUCCUUUGUAAAUGCCAGCUGCCUGUCUCCAGAACUCUUUGCUAGGAACGUCAACACUCUGAUGGGCUCCCUAUGCCAGCCAAGGAUGUAUGCAGCCCACAUGCCAGACCUGGAGGUGGCUGCUGCCACUCUGUGCCCAUUUUAUGGAUAGGAUCGGCAGAGCUCCUUGCCCUGUAGGGUUUGUUCAGGGUGUUGGAUGGCCACAUGGGUGUGUAUCUGUCUGUCCGACCUGUGUGUGUUGUGUUUCUCUGCAGUCCUCCUAUUUAUGUCCUUGGUCAGAUAUGCUAAAAGUAUCAAUCUAAAUUACACUAGACAUGAUUUAGAUGGUGAUGUGAUAUA